GGCCCGGCCGUGCCCCUGGCCGAGAAGGACGCGUGGCGGCGGAGGGGCUACGCCCCGGUGCUCUACAUGCAGUCCCACUGCGACGUGCCCUCGGACCGGGACCGCUACGUGCGGGAGCUCAUGAAGUACAUCCAGGUUGACUCCUAUGGGAAAUGCCUGCAUAACCGUGAGCUUCCUAGUGAGCGACUGAGAGACACUUCUACAGCCACUACAGAAGAUUCUGAAUUUAUGACUUUUAUCGCCAGGUACAAGUUUCAUCUGGCCUUGGAGAAUGCCAUAUGUGAUGACUACAUGACAGAGAAGCUGUGGCGUCCAAUGCACUUGGGUGCUGUCCCAGUAUACCGAGGCUCCCCGACUGUGCGGGACUGGAUGCCAAACAACCUCUCCAUCAUUCUUAUAGAUGACUUUGACAGCCCCCAAGAGCUGGCAAAGUAUCUUGAUUUCCUGGACAAGAAUGGGGAGGAAUAUAUGAAGUAUCUAGAGUAUAAAAACCCUGGUGGAAUCAAAAACCAGUUCUUGCUAGAGAGCUUGGAGAAGCGGGAGUGGGGAGUGAAUGACAUGACUCUGCCCAAUUACCUGAAUGGCUUCGAGUGUUUCAUCUGUGACAGGGAGAACACCCGGGUCAAAGAGGAGCAGGAACACAGAAAGUCUCAUGGGAAAAUUCCAGCUCCCAGACCUCACAUAGCUCAGUUCAAGCACAUGGGAUGUCCUAUGCCAACCCCUGGGUUUGGGAAUGUUGAAGACCUCUCUGGAGGAGACAGUUGGAAAGAGAUGUGGCUGCAGGAUUACUGGCAAAGCCUUGAUCAGGGUGAGGCUCUCACUGCUAUGAUUCAUCGCAAUGAGUCACAUCAAGGAAGAUUUUGGGACUAUAUGCAUGAGAUUUUUCUCAAGAGGACAAGGCAACACUGACCCAUCUUUGUAAGAGCUUGAUUUGAAAAUUGCAUUGAAAGUUGAGACUGUGAAUUAUUCUUACCUUGCUCCAAAUGUUUGCCUUGAAAUAGAAGAAAAACUCUCACAGAAACUAUUUUUUCUGGUGCAUGAAGUGAGUAAGUUUCUGCUGUGAUUGGGUUUCAGCAGUGGAGAUCUUAGCAACUGCUUUGAUUUGAAUUUCGGCUCUGUGGUGUGAAGCCACUCCUGACUUGCAGGUGACAACAUGUGGGGCAAAAGAGGAAUUUACUCUCCUUCUGCAUUUGCUGUAGUUUCCUUGGGGCUUACGUGACUUCAGAGGAACACCUCUUCAGACUCUUGCUGAAAUGCCCUAAGUUAUUUCAGGGAUUUUUUUAAUCUCCAAGAUAUUAAUCUUUUUUAUAGGUAUUUUAUCAGC